CUCAUUUCUGCUGCCCCACCUGAUCUGCACUGCUGCUGUCCCUCAGAACGGUUUCCCAAGCAGCCUCUGGUUGAGAAGGGCUUUUGAUCCACCUGCCUCCUCUCUGGCAAUCCUGCCAGGCUGCCUCUACCUUCCAUCACCUUGGGAUUUCCCUUACCCCCCACCCCACCCCCAGGGUGAACGCAGAGGGCCAGGUUACAAUGGGCUGCUGCCUGGGGUCUUUCUCAGCAGAAGCAGCAUAAAAAACACUUGGAAUAAAGAAUAAAGAACAGGUCAGCCCGGCGAUGCCCUUGGCCACCUCCUGCUCUCCUGGCCAUUCUAUUUAGCAGGUAAAAUUAUAGUUCCGGUUGUUUGUUCCAGCAGCUGGACAGAUGUUACAAUACGGAUAGGGAAGGAUGCUGGAAACUAGUCCAGCAGUAGCAGAUGGGGUAGUUCCCAGCUCAGGGUGACAAUAAGGCUCUUCCCCCACCCAAUAAUACAGUGAAGCGGCUCCCAGCCACAGCUUCUGCCCCCAGGAGCCUUCCUACCCUGGCAGACUGCAACCAGAUUGGGGGGAGGGAGAGGCUGCUUCCAGCAAAAGGCAUAAACAAUCAACCCCAACAUGGACAGAGAACAGGCAGCCAUCUGGGAUUCUUCUCCAUGGCAACCAGUGUUUGCAGGAUGCUGGUUCGAUCACCCUCCUCCCGUGUGUCCUUCGCUCUUUCCCCUUCUGCAGCGAUUGUGCACCUGUGUGUGUGCAUGUGUGUGUGCACAUACAGGGGCUGUCUAUGCAGGAUCACAUCCCCCAAAAUCGGUUACCUUAACAACCUUUCAUUGUCACAAAUUGCAUGGAAGAAACAGCCUGGGUUUCCUCCAAUCAUCCAAAUCAUUUCAGGCCAGCCUCUGAGCUGUGGCCUGCAUGAAGGAUGGAGCACGGGAAAGAUGGGGGGAGGGGAGGGAGGAGCAGGCUUCAUUUCCAAUUCAUCAGCAUACAACAUGGGCAUGACCCUCUCGGAGGCACAGGUUUUCACCCUGCAGAUUAAUUUGCACUUCAGCCUGGCUCACUCCGCAGAAUCUCAGAGUCACCUUGCUUGCCAACAGGGAGGGGUGUGGGCGAGGGCUGUUUCCUCUCACUCAGUACCUGGAACCGAGUUUUGCUGUUGCUGCAGAAGGUUGUGGAGGAAUGGAGCAGGAGCUGCAAAGCCAGGGAGUGGCCAGGCAGUCCCGACUUAAGGGUCACAUUGUGGCCAGCGUCAGUUGCCCUUGCCAAAGAGGCAUUUGCACUUUGCCCCUUUCACUUUGGAUAAGGGGAGUUGGGCACCCCAACCAUGACCAGGGUUGAGGUCUGCUGCCUGCCUUUGCCCCAAAUCAAGGCCGGAUGAAGACAGGCAAUUUGGCCCUCAGGAAAGGGUCGGAUGCCCCAAGCCAGCAAGUGACCAGUUUUGCCUGGAGGACGAUGUUUAGGGUGUGUGAAUCUCAGAAAUGCCCCUUUGGUGCCCAUCAGCUUCUGGCCUCUGAAGCUUCAGGCCGAGCCUCCGUCUUCUGUUCUGGCAGCACCCCAUCGUCAGGCUCUCUGGCUCCAGCCCCUGGUGAGGGUGGACGUAAGCAAAGUGUCCCACUUCUGCCGUGGUUCGAAGGCCAUCGGUGGUGGUACACGGGGAGAAGAGAGCGAGAACAAUAGAAGAAUGCCGAAGGGGGAGGACAGUGUUUGCCCCUUACAUUUGCUCGGUGCUCCAUGCCACGUGGAAACCCAGCCAGUUUGUGUCGCUUUGACCUUGGUAUUUCAUGCAAACACAAAAAUGGAUCAGUUCAGUCAUUAAGCUAAAUAUGUGUGUAUGCACAACCAAUGAAUUACAGAUGUAGCCUCUGAACCCGGCUCACUUCAGGGCUUUGCCAUCCCCACCACAGGUACAGACCACCAACCCUGAUCUGAAACAAUGCACGCACAUAAACACACACACACACACACACACACACACACACAUGGAGAAUUCUCAAAACCUAUAGCUAGAAUAAGGCUGAUGCCAGUCCAUCUCUGUAAGAAUUUGUAAGAAAGGGACAUUUCCCUUUCUAUACAUUUCUGGCCUGAGGUGAUCACCACUGGGCAGGCUUUCCCAGCCAGAGAGCAUCAGAUACAAGCCGCUAUAACCUCACACGCAACGUUGUAUCCUCAUCCUCGGCACAAAGUCACCGAGACUUGCAGGAAGUCUCCUGCGCCGGCCAAGGACCCCCUCUGCCCAAGGAAGCCUCGCUGGGCACCGAACAGGGCCAAGGAGGCUGGCCCCCAGUUGGGCUUCUCCCAGCUGCCGCCCGGAGCCUCCGAAUUCGAGUGUGGGGCCCCUCGUGCGUUAGCCACACCAAAACCCAUUUCUUUUCCAGUUUUAAUUGCAUCGAUUAGAGGCAUUUAGAUAACAAAUUACUGCAUUAAAUUUAAUUAUCUCAGCAAUAAUUAGUUACACCGGGGCAGAGAGCACGACUUUAAUUACACAGCCCCGGAUCCUGCCAAGCCACCCCCCCCCCAGCGGGGCUCAUUAUCAUAAAUCAGCCCCCCCUUGUGCUCCCACGUGACUACAACUCCCAUCGUUCUCAGCCACGAAAAACGACGCAGGGCUUCGGUUCGCUGAGGUCCCUUUAAAAAAAGGCUGCCCGAACAUGUGCAGAGUGUCUCUGCUCGGGAGUCCUGCGCAGUCUCGGCAGUCCUUGCAUGAAGAGCCCAACCCAGCCCAGCCCGACCAAGGAGGUUCCGGGGUUGCAGCGACCCCCUGACUGGAGAAGCGCCGGCCGGGCGCAUCCCCCAUGGCCUCGCCGCGAGCGCUGGCCUUAUGCUGCGCGCCGCCCGGCGGCCAGCUCAGCGCUCCGGCUGCGGCGGCGGGGCUGUUGCGCCUCUCCCGGUCGCUGCCGCCCUGGCCCGGGCUGGCCCUCGGCAGCGCCGCGCUGGGACUGCUGGCCGCCGCGCUGCUGGGCGCGCUCCGCAGGCGGCCGCGCCACCGCUGCAGCGGCUCUUGCCGGGUCUCUGCCGGGCGCGGCUGGGCUCCAGGCAGGGCGCUCCGAGCAGCCGCGCUCCUGGGCAGCUUCAUGGGCACGGCGGGUGAGAGAAGGGCAGCAACCGGCGCGGCCCUCGCCUUCCUCCCUCCCGCUGCAGGCGGCGGCGCCCCGCCUGGAAGGGGGCCGGGAAUGAGCCCGGGCGCCAUCCCGGCUCUGCUGGCCCCGCAUUCGGGGCUUCUGGGGUGGGCUGGGGGGGGGGGGAGGAUGUACUUUGCACGCGCUCUCCGGCAUGCUAGAGAAGAGCGGCGCCCCCCCCCAAGUUCUGCGGAAAACAGACCGCGACCCUCCGCCCAUCUAAAAUUGCUUUUCAGAUGUAACUUUGAAAGAAAAUUAUUACAUAAGGAUGGAAUAAUUAUUUUAACCAUGUUUAUUUAAUUGUAAUUACAUCUAAAACUAAAUGAAAUUAGUUUUAGAUUUCUGUCUUAGCUUUGCUCAUUUUUUAAAAACAUACCCUAGUACAGAGGCCAGACAUGGCUUCUGCAGGGAGGGAAUGAGCCCCUACUUCCCAUUCCCCCCCCCCACAAUUCCAGCCUGGCCAGGACCCUAACCAGCUCCCCCUCCUCUUGCAGGGAUCCUGGCCUGCUCUCUGCUCUGGCUGGCUGCUCCCUUGGGGUCUGCGCCUGCCCUCUGCCGCCUGAUCGUGGUAGGUGGUGCUGAGAGGAGCAGCCCAGCUGGUGCUUCAGCCUCCAUUAAGGGUGCCUGACCCCCCCCCCACCUCCCCUUUGCCCAGCACCUGGAAGGCCUGUUAAGUUGCUGAAAUCAACUCACUCAAAAAAAGCCACAGCAACCUGACUCCCCCCUUCUGCUCCCGAGGGCCGGCUCCAAUAUUGACCUCCCCCCCCCAAUUUAAAGGCCAGCCCAGAUUUUUAUUUAUUUUUUGCAAAAAGCAACGUCCUCGUGGCCUUCUGGAAAUGGGCAGGGACAUAACCCCAAAAGAACAGAGUGGUGCCCCUUAUUUACUGCAUGCCCCAAAGGAGCAGCCACUUCUCCCCCCUCCGGCCAGGUCCAGCCCUGCGUUCCUUCUCUCCUCCUCUCCCCCCCCCCCCAGCAUUCUCUUCCUCCAGGUUUGGGUGCAGUUUGGGUUCUCCUCCCACUUCUGGGCUCUCUUCUGCUACUCUCUGGAAGCAGCCUUGCUGCUCCGGAACCCCACCAGUCACAGGUAUGGAGAGCGCCCCCUGCUGCUGGGUCCCCGUUGGAGCUCUGCAGCUGAUUUGGGGGGGGAGGAGGGAGAUGUUCUGAUGGGGGACUUGGGGCUGACAGUAGCCCCCCCCCCGCCUGGAAGAGCUCAGGUUUGCUGGGCCCUGAGGAGAGCUCUGCUGCCACUCAGGCUCCCUUGCACAAUACUGUGGUGGUGGUGGGGGUGGGGGUGGGGUAUCUGCACUUCCCCACUUGUAGGGAGCCUCCCUUUGAAUCCUUGUUUGCUGCUGCCCCCCCCCCAAGCGGAAGCUGAUGAAGUAACCAGCAGGGUGACUGUGUUCCUCUUCCUGACCAGGUCCUUGACACCGUACUGCCUCCUCUGCUGGGGGCUGCCAGCUGUCCAGUGCCUUCUUGGACUUUUGCUGCUGCUGAUGCCACGGGACAUGGACUAAGCGCCCUGCUUCCACCUUCUGGAUGAGCCUUUUCAAAAAUGGCAUCUGGGAGGGGAAAGUGACCAGGAAGUUUCAACCCCACGUAUCAAGAAAUGAGACAUGAGUCAAAAUGGGCUGAGCAGGAAGAUCCACUGCAGCUCACACCACGGAUUGGCAUGGAUCCUGGAAACUGUGUGUUAUGCUUCUAGCUGUAUUCUGCUCACCUUGGUUCUUUUUGGAAGUCCUGUGCUCUUUUACAAAGCACUCCAAGCAGUGCCAGCUCUCCUGCGGAGGGGCUGGGGGAUGCAGACGGCCGGAGAAUGGCACCAGCAGCAGGAGCUGGGCAGGAGGUUCACGAGCAUCAUGGUGGCCUUGGCUGCUUGCUGGCUGGCGAAUGUCCUACAUGAGCUGCUGCUGCUGCUGCUGGAAUUGGAGCCUUUGGAGAGAUGGGGCACGGGGCAGCUGCUGCACGGGGCAGCCCUCACCUGCUGGGCUGUUAUGAUUAUCUUAAACCCUCUUUCUGGAGCCCUGCUGAUCCUGGCAUUUUCAUCCUGGAAAAGCAGAUGGUGCACCAGGAAACGGGAGCCCACCUGGAGACCCUCUGUGGAAAUCCCGGAGAGUGGCCCCCUCCUGGGCCCUGCCUCGGAGUCGGCCUUAGGUUGCCGGAUUGAGCCGGGCCCCCUUGAGGUUUCCAGCCUCUUGGUUUCCUUUGGGAGCAGCACGUCACUGGACUUCCUCUGUGAGGAGGCGGCUGGGGACGGCCCCGUCCAGCCUCAGAGCCGCCAUGAGCCAACCCCCCCACUGGUCAGCUCCUGUGCCUGCUCCAAGAAUGGCACUUGGGCUGGGUCUGCCAAGGGGGGCUGCUCCCCACCAGCCUGGCCAGCUGUCCCCAUCCCUGGAAGGCCUGCCUCCCCCACCUCUUCCGGGGCUCAAAUCAGCUGGCCGGCCCAGGCAGGGGACGAGGGCCUUGCAGAGAGGCUGGGGCCCAGCUGUGAGCAAUGUGUCAGAAGCAGAGUUCCCUCUGAUGAAGAAGCUAUAAAAAAAGAGGGGCUCACAUUAAAGAAUGGGAGCCCAGGACUUUGAAAGGCUGGUUUCCAUGACAUGCUGACCCGUAACCAACUUGAGCCUUGCCUGGAUGAAGCCAGGGGGAGGGGGGGGGUGUCCCUCGACCAGGCUUCAGUGGGCCAUGCAGACACCCAGACAGAUGAACAUAAGAUGGGGAAGUAAAAACAAAGGUUGUUAAAAAGAUUGUAAAGCAAACAAGGGACGUGUCUUUAACCUGCUGGUGGUGGUGGGAGGCUGGCCACACAGGCAGGCAAUAAAGCAGUUCAAGGGCUAUGCAGAAACUGGCAAAGAAAUAGGUUUGGCUGUCCACAACAAAUACAGAUCUCUUUUCUGAGGAGGAUUUUUCUGAAGAACAAACUGCAAGAGACACAUUAAUUUUUAACUUUGGAAAGUUUAUUUGACCUGCCAGAAGAAACUCCGAACAUUGGAACAAUCCAGACGCAGAAUCAUUGAUCUUCUAGUAAACGUUUGUAAUGAGCUGAUAAAAAUCUGAGUGCUCAGGGAGCACCCAGUGCUUCGAUCCAUGGAAUAAGAGAGUUAUAAUCCAAUAAAAUGAUAGAAAACCAAAUGUUUGUAAGCACACAAAAGGAUCAUGUUUUGUUGAAGAAUGCAACUCCUGCAUAAUCGGGCUCAUCUGCCUCUCCAAGUGCUGAUAAAAAAAAAUCUGUAAUAACCCCAAAGACAAUCGAUUCUCGGUCUUCUGCCUGAUCCCUUCUCUUCUCCAAGUAACCCAGUGGAUUUAGCAGCCAUGGGAUAAGAGGCCAGGUCCAUUCUAGGUUUGGUAAAUGGCUCAGUGCAGAAAUGAGUUUUUACAAUACCGGCAAACAUUGCAGUGGUGGUGUUCCCAGAUAGACCCCAGACCUAUUUAAGCUCAGUUGGAGUGAGUGAAGAAGUAGCUGGGGGUUAUGGAAACCACCAGAUUAUUCCAGAGCAGAUCUUUAAACUUGGUAAACAGAUCUUUUCAAAGAACAAUCCUGCUUGGGAAAAACGACAUCUUCUGUAGGCAUGCUGGCUGGGGUUGACAGGACCUCAAAGAUGGAAGGUCCCAGGUGGGCUAGAGCAGUUGCCCUUUUUAAGUGGGAAAAAGUGAUUUGUUGGUUGAUUGUGUUUAUAAACUGCCAGGUUCAACAAAGGUGACGCCAGAUGGUUUACAAUGUCAGUGGAAGAGCGGACAGAGAGAAACCCACCGACUUCCCCAGUGUCCGGCUCUUCCCGGAAGAUGGAUAAUAACGUCUGUGUUCCUCUGAGGAAGAGCAAAGCGCCAGCAAGGAGGAGUCAUUGCUUCUAGGAACAGUUGGGCUCUUUUACACGUUAAGGGGUUUGGGCUAAGCCUAAAGAAAUUUCUGAAAAAGGCUGGAAUUCCCAGGCGAGGCAUGGUUUUGAGAGAUGUGUCUACAGCAGUGGCUGGCUGGGGGAUUCUGGGAAUUGAAGUUCACACGUCUUAAGGUUGCCAACGUUUAGAAAGGCUGGUCGACAGGCUCCGUGUAACCACUGGCCCUUCUUGCGCUGGCAAAAGUGGGACACAUUUGUGCAGUGAGGGGGCAAAGCAAGUUGAUCGAUGGCUCUGGACCUGAUUUGCACAGUGGCUGGAGAGAGCAAAUAUGCCCUUCCAGCAUGCUGGGUUGGGACAAGUUUCGUCUCUGCCUGCCCUGCUCAUCGCCUCUUGCCAGCCUCCAGUGCCCGCUCUCCUGGGUGUUGCCCUUCUCGGGAAUCCACUUGAGUCACAGUACUUCACCGCCCUCAUGCCCACCUCCUGCCACACGGUCACAGGUAGCUCUGGGCUUUGGGUGGCUGCUAAACUUUCCCCCAGUUCUCUAUAAACACAGGUGAGCUUCUUGCUGAUAGUCACCCUGCCUGCUUAAUCGGGGAAACGCCACUGCCCACCUUGAUGCCCCAGAGGAAGGCAGGGCACGGGCUUGGUUUUUAGCCUAGGCAUCUCCAAGAGUGCCACUCCUUGGAGAGAUACAUGGGCUGUACAUGGAGCUCUUGAUUCUCCUUGGCAGACUAGGGGUGGGGAUGAAUACCCAAACUUGCACUACCGUAAGUGGCCCUUCAGUCCCUCUCGUGCCUGGCAUAUCCCCCCAAAUAGCCAGGGCUAUUCAGAGGGGGUGUCACAUCUGGGAGCCGGUAGGAAGUGUGCUUAAGAGAUGCAGGCUGGCUUGGGCAAAGCAGAGCCCUGGGACUAAGACUUACAGAGCAGCCUCUGAGCAGCGGGGACUGUGGCUGGAAUGCCUCUUACCCAGGCAGAGACCCCGCCAGCCCUUGCAGCAACUCCAGAAGUCAAGCCAGCAAGAAUCCUGAGGUUUUGUUGCCCUGGCUUUCAAGAAACUGCUCUAGCCCUUCAGCCAGCGAAGGGAGUGCCUCGUCCUGCAUGCAGGGCAGCUUUGCCUCCACCCCUCAGUGCUUUUGACGGGCUCUGGACUGCCUUACAAGGGUUAGUUGGAGCCUUGGAAAGAGUACUCAGGUGCACAAGUUAAUGUUUACAAGAUUGCAGAGGCUUUUGCAAGUCAUGGAAACUGGCAGCUCGCACAAUGUGCAGCCCUGCAAAUAGCUGGUUGCAGAGAGUACUUUGAUGGGCACCAGGAAAGCGUUCUUGGGGUGAGCUCACACUGCUAACAUGGACAUGUCUCUGUGAGGAGGAGCAGACCUCUCUGGAGGCGAGUCUGGCCCUGCUCUAGAACCUGGGACAGCGUCACAGGCGGAGGGUCAAGGCUGGGCAACCUGCUGGUGGCUGGGACCACUGCAGUGGCCGGCAUUUUCCAUCUUGGGGGGGGGGAGUGGCUGGGGUUCUUUUGAGGCACAU